GUGCUCAGUUAAAAGAGGAGCUGGAAUCAAGCCCUCAAACCCUGACGGAUGUAGCUCAAAUUGCGCAAGGAACUACUUCUGAGGAUACCGAGAUUACUCAAAACACUCAGAACAUUCAUGGAGGCGAAGACGACGUCGACAACCUAGGCGAUUUGCUAAGUAAGAUAUCUAUUGUAGAAGACAAUGUCGAUAUCCUGCCAGACGGAACAAGCAGCACCAGUGAAUCUGCAACAGCUACAAGCACCAACAAUCAGUUCAAGAAAGUUGCUGCAGAAGACACUAGUGUAAUUCUGUCAGAUGAAACAUCUAGCAGCAAUGGAUUGACAGCUACAACCAUCAAUAGUCGGAAAUUAAAAAAACUCAAUGAAUUCCUCCAUGUCUGCGGCGGGACAGCACCAAUCRGUCAACCCAAAAAGCGGUGGGAAGAUUUGACCACGCACAGUAAAAAUAAUCAUGUUGAUAAGGCUACAACUUUAAUCAUGUCCGCUUUGGAAGUGAUAACACCCGGUGAUGCUGGAAGUAUUUGGGACGCUAUUCAGACGUCACAAAGUGUCGAAAAGGUUCUUGGGAUUUCGCAUUCAGCCGACAGAAAAUAUCUUGAGGCCUUAGCUGAGACCUACGAGAAUGCGACUAGUUGGAACACCCGUAGACAGGUCUUGGGAAUAAUUGCAGAUCUGGUUCCUUUUUCUCAGAUCCAGAGAUUUAUCCCUGGUAUAACAGAGUAUCGCUUCAAGAUAGCCAGAUUGCAUAUUCUUAAGUAUGGGCGUGGGGCACCAGUACCAGUGCAAAGGAGUCCCAGAAUGAAAGUUGAUGAGAAUCAGCUGGAUCACUUCCUUUCCUUUAUAACUAGUCCUCAUGUUAUUCAAGAUCUYCCGUUCGGCCARCGAUACCUCCACUUAGCAAAUGGGCAAGUCAUUGAAUGUCCAAAUGUAAUUCGAUCGAUGAUUCCGCAAAGAAUCGCCAMGCAGUACACACAGUUUUGCAAAGAAGAUGGAACCAAACCUUUGAGCCCGUCGACCAUCUUACGAAUUUUAUCAGUUUGCACUGCAACUGUACGAAAGUCUUUGCAGGGUUUGGACUAUAUUUCAGCUGAGGGAGCCAAGGCAUUUGAUGAUUUGGCUGGAUUACUCGCAAAGCUUGCAAACUAUGGUUGCGAUCAACAGUGGGUCAGUUCUUGCGAGACAGCGUUAAAAGCUAUGAAACAGUACAUUAAAACUGACUACGAGGUGCACAUUUCUGAUGCCUCAAACGUCCCUGACCACUGCUGUGUCUAUGCCUUGAGUGACAAGAAGCAACCUUUCUUCCGUUCCAAGUGCAACCACUUCCACAAUCACUCCUGUUCGUCGUGCGAACAACUAAAAUCUACCCUUGCUUCGAUUGAGUCAAGUGUAAAAAGUACAGCUGAAAAACGUCCAGAGGAAGAACAUGACGAUAUGAUAUUUACUUGUCAGCAGUCAGUAGCCGCAAUAGAAGCAUGGAAACAGCACCAGCUGCGUUCCGUUCAACAAGAUAAGCCCCGCACAGAUCUUCUAGCCAAACUAGACGAAAACUCAGUUUUGAUUACUCAAGACUGGGCAAUGAAGUUUUUGCCGCAAAAAUACAGAGAAACACAGAUGGACUGGUUUGGAAAAAGAGGCAUAUCUUGGCACAUUMGUGUUGUUAUAAGGCGGUUGGCAAACGGUAAACUACAACAACAAGUAUUCAUUCAUAUUGUAGAGAACUGUUGCCAAGAUACUGACGUGGUCAUACCAAUCAUGCAGCACACUCUUACAGAGCUAAAAAAAGAACACCCAGAUAUCACCUCCGCUGCAUAUCGCCAAGACAACACCGGCUGCUAUCACAGUGGCCCCAUGUUGGCAGCUUGUUGCCUUAUGGAGGAAACUACAGGAAUAAGUGUUGACCGGGUUGAUUUCAGUGAUCCCCAGGGUGGUAAGGGGGCAUGCGAUCGCAAGGCUGCCACAAUCAAAUGUCAUGUUCGCCAGUACAUAAACGAAGGUCACGAUGUAGUGAAUGCAGCUCAAUUAAGAGAAGCCAUCUUAUCUAACGGGGGCGUACGUGGUGUGCGAGUGGCACUGGUAGAUGCAGGAGGAAUCAAGCCUUUGGAAGCAAUAAAGAUAAUUGGCAUCAGCACGCUGAAUAAUUUUGCCAUCGAAAACAAAGAAAUGACCGCGUGGAAAGCAUACGACAUAGGCAACGGAAAGAUCAUACCUUGGGCUAAACUAAAUGUGUCUGGCAGCUUGUGCCUCACAACGUUUAAAACUUUCAAUUGUGAGUUUUCUGUUGGUGAUUUCGUGGACAUCACUCCAUCCAGAAGCCAAAACACCAYUAAGGCGGUUAACRUCAACGCCGAUGACRAAGGCGAUGAUAAUGAGGAUGACGACAUUGACGAGGAAAAAGAAAAGUUGUUCACCUGUCCCCAUGAGGGGUGCAUAAAGAAUUAUCAUYGACAUUCAUCUCUUGUAAACCRUAUGGAAUAUGGAGUAUGUGAGCUGCGGCCAGAAAGACAAGGUCUCAUGGACAAGGCCAAAGUGAUGUAUACAGAGAAAGUGUUGCAAGGUGUUGACAUUAUCGAAAAUAGCAGUGGCACUCGUUUCACGAAUUCUCCUGACUUUACAAAAGUGUUAACUGUCAAUGGUUGCUGGAAAGGGCGUUGUACAAGCUUGAAGGUAAACAUACCAAGUUUUGGCUUUGGCCAGGGCUGUCAGUUGUUCUCUUGUAGCUAA